AUGUCAAGGGGGUGGCAAACUUUUAGCGCAUUGUUGUUAUUUAUUGGGAUUUUUAACAAUGCAUGUGUCGAAGGUUUAGGGGUGAAUUGGGGGACUGUGUCAUCUCACAAGUUGGCUCCAGAAACAGUAAUUCAACUGUUGAAGGACAAUGGGAUUCAAAAAGUGAAACUUUUUGAUGCGGAUCCGACCAUCCUUAAGGCCUUGGCUGGCUCUGGCCUUGAAGUUAUGAUUGCAGCUACUAAUCUUGAGCUUGCUGAUUUGGGUGACCCUACAAAAGCCAAGGAUUGGGUACAUAAAAAUGUCAUCCCAUACAAUGUUAACUCCAAGGAUGGUGUUAAUAUCACAAUUGUAGCUGUUGGCAAUGAACCUUUCCUCCAGGCCUACGGGGACAAAUUCACAGGCGUCACUGCACCAGCACUCAAGAACAUUCAGGAUGCUCUCAAUGAAGCAGGAGUUGGAAAGACUACCAAAGCAAGUAUUCCUUUCAAUGGUGAUGUCUACAUGUCUCCUUUCUAUAAUCCAGUCCCUUCAGCUGGCAUAUUCAGGCCAGAUAUUGCAGAUAAAAUAAGAGAAAUUCUUAAGAUUCUAAAUGCCAACAAUGCACCGUUUAUCGUAAAUAUCUACCCUUUCCUGAGUCUCUAUUUCGCCAAAAAUUUCCCUCUGGAAUAUGCUUUCUUUGAUGGAGCCACACCACUUGUUGAUGGCAAAAUCCAAUACACCAAUGUCCUGGAUGCCAACAUGGACACAUUGGUUUCAGCCCUGAAGGUUGAAGGAUAUUCCGACAUGCCAAUCAUUGUAGGAGAGAUCGGAUGGCCAACUGACGGGGACACAAACGCAAAUGUGACGUUGGCCCAGAGGUUUCUCCAAGGACUCAUCAAGCAUCUUGCUUCCAACAAAGGCAGCUCUCUUCGACCUGGAUACCUGGAAACAUACCUAUUCGGACUUUUCGAUGAAGAUAAAAAAAGCACUCUUCCCGGGAAUUUCGAGCGUAGUUGGGGAAUCUUUAAGUACGAUGGACAACCUAAAUUCCCUCUUGAUUUGUCAGGUAAAGGCGAAAACAAGACUCUAGUUGCUGCAAAGGAUGUGCAGUAUCUCCCCAAGAAAUGGUGUGUACUUAAGGGAGAUGCACCAACUGAUGCUAACCUCGCAGACAACAUGAACUAUGCUUGCAACAAUGGCGGUGACUGCACCCCAAUCCAGGAUGGAUCAUCCUGCAAUUUCUUGGAUGCUAAACAGAAGGCUUCAUAUGUAUUCAAUUCAUAUUUCCAGAUUCAGAAUCAAUCCAACACUAGCUGUGAUUUUAAGGGGCUUGCAACAGUGACCACACAGGAUCCAUCCGUGCCAAAUUGCAACUUUACAAUUCAGAUUGCUCCAAGUACUAGUACUAGUCCCGCGCAUGUUGCACAUUCUUCAUCCCAUGAACAAGGAAAGAGUGCCGCUUCCACUUCUCUUCCAGGGACCUUGGCCACGAUUCUGGCAUUCGCCACAAUGCUUGCACAGCUACGAUUAUGAAUUUUAUAGGCCAAUUUUUGUUAAUAUUUUCUUGAGAAGAAAAUUGAUCAUUGUCGAUGUUUACUGCUUCCUCAGAAAAACAUUUGAUAAUUAAGUUUAAGGUUGCUCAACCUUGGCCAUGAUUCUGGCAUUAGUCACAAUGCUUGCACAGCUACGAUUAUGAAUUCCGUUGGCCAAUUUUUAUUAAUACUUUCCUGAGUAGAAAAUUGAUCGUUUUCAAUGAUUAAUUCUUCCUCAGAAAAACAUUUGAUAAUUUGUUUUAAGAUUAUUCAAUUAUUUGUUGUUUAGUUAGUUAAGCCUAUGGCUUUACCUAUCCUUUUUUUUUAUAAUUUUUUUUAAUAGGGGAGGGGUGAGAUUUAAAAAACGAGGAGAGGUAGGAAAUUUAAAUGCAAAAUAUCUAAAUCUUAAAUUUUUAACCUUAAUUAUUAGACCAAAGUCUUCUUGACCUUUAUGUAUCUAUAUUAUUAUUAUUAUUUUGAUGAGGCCUCUAGAUCAGGUAGCAUAUUCCUUGAUUAAAACCAUUUCGAGACUCUGAGUUUAUCAAUCCUUCUUCUUUUUCUUUGAACAAAUCAUGGUUUUAUCUUAAAUAUAUAUUAAUUAAUGGUAAAUGACUAUUGUCAAUUCAUGCCUCUAAUGUUUCACUUCAACUUCAAAACUUUGAUUUUCAAAUUUGCACCACAGAUUAUGUACAUUUCCUAUGCUACCAAAGUCACCGUUCAUGAACUUUGCGCUAUAUCUUAUAAAAAAAAAAACUUUGCAUUAUUUCACUUUUACAUGUCGGAAAUUAACCAAGUCACUCCAUGAAGAAGAUGGGUAAUUUUUUUUUUUUUUUGGGUUUUCUUUCUCAUGUUUCUUUAUGGAAUAUCUUAGUAUACUAGAUAUCAUGAAUAUAUGCGUAUCAUGUUUCACUUAACAUCAAAACUUCUAUUUAGAAACUUUGCACUGCAAAUUUUCUACAUGACCUAAGCUGUACACUUGGACGGAAAUAUAAAACUUACUUCGACGGGAAUAACAAAUUUUUUUUUUGGUCAAAUUACACUUUACUCCCGUGUGAUUUAGUGGUUUUUAACAUAAUCGCCCUAUAGUUUCACAAGCUAUACAUAAUCUCUUCAUGUUUUGGAUUAAAAAGUCAAAAUGACAGAAAUGAUCAUUCGCAACGAAAUCACCUAAAAUGUCAAAAAUACCCUUAUGUAAAGUUAAAAAUUAUUUAUUAACCAAGGAAGGUUAUGUGUAUAUUUUGAAAACCAUAAGGGGGUUAUAUGAUAAAGUAUUAAAUCAUAAGGAGGUUAUAUAGUAAAACAUAAAAAUCAUACGGGGUUAGUGUGUCUUGUAUUUAUAAGGGUAAUUUCAACAUUUUUAAAAGUUCCAUUACGAAUGACUAUUUCGGUCAUUUUGACACUUUAAUCUAAAUCAUAAGGGGGUUAUGUAUAACUUUUGAAACCAUGGGGGAGUUAUAUAGAAAAAUACUAAACUACAGGGGGAUAAAGUAUAAUUUGCCCUUUUUUUGUCCCAUAGACGCCGUUGCCAACUCUAAUUUUUUUAAU